AUGUCAAGAGUAGUAGUUAAAUUUCUUUUAAAUGGAAAAUGUGUUGCAAAUAAACCACUAAAUUCACAAGACAAUCUGAAAAUCGCAAGAGAGAAAAUAAAAGGAAAGAUGCUUGACUCACAACACUUUUUAACAAAAGAUGGAGAUUUAAUUGAUGUAAACGAUGAAGAGAGUUAUACUAUAGGAGAUGUAAUUGAUGAGAAAAGAAUAAUAAAUAUUAAAGGAACAGAAGUUAAAAUAGGAAUAAGAAUAAAGAUAAAUGAUAAAGUACUUACCACUAUUGAAAUAGACAAUAAAACAACGAUAAACAUUAUUAGAACAUUAGUUCAAAAUAUACCAGAAUCAGCACAUUUCUACACACUUGACAAUGACAAAAUUGAACGAGAUGAAGAAGAAGAAUUUACUGUAGAAGAUAUAAUAAAUAAUGAAGAAAUUAAUCUUAAAGAAGAAAAAGAAAAUAUACCAGAAAUAAAUGAUAUAACAAUUGGAAUAUGUUUGAAUGGGAAACCACUGAUAAAAAAACAAUUCAACAAGACUAAUUCUCUUUCAGAUGUUAGAAAAGAAAUUGAAAAUGUAAAACAAAUUCCAAAAGACUUUGUGUUUGAAGAUCUAGAAGGAUUUAAAAUACCAAUUGAUGAUGAACAAUCAUUAAAAUUAACAUCUAUUUUGUAUAACAAUAAGAUCAAUAUAACAACAGAAGUUACAGGUGUGUCUGAACCAAGUACUACCACAUCUCU